AUGGCCGGGGGUGUCGCAUCAUUAGGCCCACUAUACCAACAAAGAGUCCACGUUCCGCCCACUACGUUUGACCGCAAGCAUCCCCGUGCUGCCCAAUCCUCCUGGAAGGCCGAUGGGUGUCACUCUCCGUCCUGCCAGGGUGGUCACGGCCGUUGCCUGUCCCGACACCGAGUCCAGUCAGGACAAGCCGAGAAGGCUUGGGAGAUGACGAUCAGUGCUACACGUACUAUGUGGCUGGCACGCGCCCACUGA